AUGGACCCCAGGAAGAUGCUCGCGUUUUGCAUCGCCGCUGCUAUUGGGGUUCUCGCGGUUCAAACUGGCCAGGAGACUACCAGGGACCGAUAUUUAGCUCACUACAGCACGCCUUCCGCGGGUCCGCAGGAUUUUGAUAAUCACUCCCACACUAAUCCGCCAGCUGGACCUAAUAUAUGUAGAUCGAGAUAUCGGACUUAUUGCUGUCCUGGUUGGUCUAGGAAACAAGAUACUGGUCUUUGCAUCAUUCCAAUAUGUGCGCGCCGUUGCGGUAAUGGAAGAUGUAUUCGACCAAACGUUUGUCUCUGUGACGGAGGGUCAGUAUCAGCAUCUUGCAACAGCAUAACCAGCAGCAUCCCAUCAGUUUCAUCUCAAGGCUCCUCUUCCUCCCCAAGCCGAGGACAUGAACCGAGAGAGCGACAAGAAGAUCACAGGGGUCUGCAAACGCGGAACGGUGGAACCUGCAGAGCGCGAUGCAUCAAUGGAAAUUGCGUUGACGGGAGGUGUCAGUGCAGAGCUGGGUUUGAAGGAGAAUUUUGUAAUGAACCAAUUUGCCGAGAGCCAUGUUUGAACCAAGGAAGAUGCAUCGGGCCCGAUCGCUGCGCGUGUAUCUAUGGGUACACCGGAAGACGCUGCGAAACAGACUACCGAACAGGCCCCUGCUACACCAAAGUCAAAAACGGGCAGUGUCUUGUCCAUCUUCAGGGGGUAGUUUGCACGCGACAAAUGUGCUGCGCUACUGUCGGCAAAGGAUGGGGCCAUCCUUGCGAGAGGUGUCCUGCGAGACUUGACUGCGAAGUCGGGCAUCUCAAAAAUAAUCAAGGACAAUGUUUAGAUAUCAAUGAGUGCGAAGCAAUUCCUGGGCUUUGCGCGGGUGGAAAGUGUGUGAAUACUCCAGGAUCAUUCACUUGCGAGUGUCCAGAAGGCCAGGCAAGAGAUUUGGAGACCAAUGAGUGCACGGAUAAAAACGAAUGCGAGGAAGAAGGGAUUUGCAGCGAUGGAAAAUGCAUUAAUACUGAACGCGGGUAUUAUUGCGUUUGUAAUCCUGGAUUUAUUCAAAGUCAGGAUAGACGAUUUUGUAUAGAUGGACGUCAAGGGCUUUGUUACACGGCAGUAAAUCGAAAUGGACAAUGUAAAAACCGCUUGGAAAUUCGGCUGAGUAAAAAAGAUUGUUGUUGUGGUAAAAAUAUGGGUCGUGGUUGGGGUGACGAGUGUUACAAAUGUCCUCUUGUCGGAACUAAUGAACAUCACAAGCUCUGCUCAGAAGCUCCAAGCAUCGCGAUAAAUGAAUGCGUUCUCCGACCGGACAUCUGCGGGGGAGGAAAAUGUAUCGACACCCCCGAUGGCUACGAAUGCGAGUGUCUUCCAGGAUAUGUAAAAUUAAAUGGCAGAUGCGAGGACGUGGACGAGUGCCAGCAGGACUAUUGUCAGGGUGGAACGUGUCAGAAUUUGCCUGGAAGUUUUCUUUGUCACUGUCCUACGGGAUUUGUCGUUUCUGGAGAAGGAAGAUAUUGCAGCGACCACGAUGAAUGUCAAGAUACAGGAAUGUGUACGAAUGGUCACUGCACAAAUAUGAACGGUUCAUUCAAAUGUAAAUGUAACGACGGCUACGUUCUUUCGCCGUCCAAGAACACGUGUAUCGACAUCAACGAGUGUUCAGAAAAUCCAAGAAUUUGUUUAAAUGGAAGAUGCGAAAACACGCCUGGUUCCUAUCACUGCGUCUGUCAAUCGGGAUUCACACCCUCAAGGGACAACACUUUUUGCGUUGAUAUGGACGAGUGUUCGACCACCGGGAUGUGCGACAACGGAAAGUGUGUUAAUAUGGAGGGGUCUUUCAAGUGCGUUUGUGAUUCUGGGUUCAGAUUGGGACCCGACCAAAGUCACUGCAUAGAUAUUGACGAGUGUCUGAGCUCGCCGUGUCAAAACGGCCGAUGCAAAAACACGCCCGGAAGUUUCAGGUGCGAAUGUAACCCUGGUUUCAACUUGGGACCGGAUGGUAGAUCAUGUUUAGAUACCCGGCGAGAUUUAUGUUACUCGCAGUACAAAGAUGGCCAGUGUUUGAAUCCGACGUCUACGGCAGUGACUAAAUCUAGUUGCUGCUGCUGUACUGUCAUUUUAGGACAACCUCUAGGAUGGGGAAGUAAUUGUCAGGCUUGUCCAAUGCCCAGGACUCCAGAGUUUGAGUCUUUGUGUCCUCAUGGCGCUGGAAUGACUUACAAUGGAGAUGACAUAAAUGAAUGCGCUCAAAAUCCAAACAUAUGUCUCAAUGGUGGAUGUGAGAAUCUCAUGGGCACCUACCGUUGCAUUUGCGACAACGGCUACCAAUUAGACGCGACCGGGAAGCUAUGCAGCGACAUAAACGAAUGCGAAUUAGAAAGCUCGCUAUGCUCAGGCGGUCAGUGCAGAAACACCCCAGGAAGUUUCCAGUGUGUGUGUCCAACUGGUACCCGGUUCAACACACAAAAUCAGAUGUGCGAAGAUGUCGACGAAUGCGAAGAACUUGGCGCUGAUGUUUGUAUCAAUGGAAUCUGCAUAAACACCAAAGGCUCUUAUCAGUGCGAAUGUACUAAUGGGUAUAUUCUUGAUAACACGGGUCAUAUUUGUAUGGACAAUCGAAGAGGCUCAUGUUGGACAAAAAUGGUCGACGGAAGAUGUGAAAACAAUUUCCCCAGACUAGCACUGAAAUCCGAGUGCUGCUGCUCAGUCGGAGUCGCUUGGGGAAGUCCUUGCGAGGCUUGCGACUACUCCUUCUGUGACUGUUCUAAAGGAUACGCGAAAGUUGACGGGAAAGCUUGCGCUGACAUCAACGAAUGCGAGUUGAACAGUGGAAUUUGUAAAGGAGGUGGCACCUGCGUCAAUACUGAUGGAUCUUAUCGCUGCGAAUGUCCUCCAGGACUUACUCUGGACCCUACACACUCAGCUUGUAUCGACACUAGACAAGAAACCUGCUACAUGGACUACCGCCACGGCCAGUGCACGUCUCCAAUAGAGGGUCAAUUUUCAAAGAGUAUCUGCUGCUGCUCUGUGGGCCGAGCGUGGGGCAACGACAAGUGCGAGCUGUGUCCGAAACAAGGCACUCAGCAGCACGCAGAGUUGUGUCCGAAAGGAGAGGGCUUCACCGACAGACAGGACAUCAACGAAUGCGUGGAGUUCCCCGGGAUGUGUUUGAACGGAAGGUGCAAGAACUCCAUCGGGUCUUACAGCUGUCGCUGCAAUCAGGGCUACGCUCUGGACGAAAACGGGCUCAAGUGCAACGACAUCGACGAGUGCGAGAUCAUGCGCGGAGUCUGCGGGAAUGGAACCUGCGUCAACACUCCAGGAACUUUCCAGUGCGACUGCAACGAGGGAUUUCUUAGCAGCGAGAUCAUGAAAAUCUGCAUGGACGUCAACGAGUGUGAAGAAACUCCCGGGCUGUGCCGCGGUGGGACUUGCAGGAAUAUUGAAGGAGGCUUCAAGUGCAUCUGCCCUCCAGGUCACGAGUUAAGUCCAGACAAGCAGUCCUGCAAGGACAUUGAUGAAUGCUCCAGGACCAGCGGAAUCUGCUCGAACGGCGUCUGUGAAAAUAUGAUGGGAACUUAUCAGUGCAUCUGCGACGACGGGUUCAGGCAAACUGGGAUGAAGUCCCACUGUGAAGAUAUCAAUGAGUGCGCUGUCGGCAAUGGCGGCUGCGAAGAUAUUUGUGUCAAUACUCCUGGUAGCUUCUCUUGUGCUUGCAGCGCUGGAUUUGGACUGAAUCUUGAUGGAAGAACCUGCGCGGAUAUUGAUGAGUGCAAAGACAAUCCUAGGAUAUGUAAUGGAGGACAGUGUUCUAAUUUACGCGGGUCUUAUUCUUGCCAUUGUACUGGGGGGCUUUUGCCUGGAAAGGAUGGAACUUCUUGUAUAGAUAUUGAUGAAUGUGUUACCCAACCGCGAGUUUGUGGUUUCGGAGAGUGCAGAAAUACCAUCGGUUCCUUCGACUGCCGGUGUGAGGACGGUUAUUCAGUAAAACCAGACGCUGGACCCGAUUGUACGGAUGACGAUGAGUGUUUACUGAACGCUUAUUCCUGCAGCGAGUUUGCUAAUUGUCGCAACACUCCUGGAUCUUAUGAGUGUACUUGCCACGACGGAUUCACUGGAAAUGGAAUCGAGUGCAGAGACAUCAAUGAGUGUCUUGUUAAUAACGGCGGGUGUGAUGCUAAUGCUCAGUGUAUUAACACCGAAGGUUCUUUCAAGGUAAUUAUAAUUAUACUAUUAAUUAAAAUGACAAUUAUUGAGAUUGGAUUUCGCGGAGAUGGCUACUCGUGUCGGGACAUCGACGAGUGCACCAACGACCCUUCGCUGUGUGAAAAUGGACACUGUCUGAACUACCCCGGGUCCUUUAGGUGCGAGUGUGAGAUGGGAUUCAUGCACCCGGAAGAAAAUAAUGAACAAGCUUGUAUUGAUAUAAAUGAGUGUGAGAUGUUUCACAAUUUGUGUGUUUUUGGCAAGUGUGAAAAUAUAUUUGGGAUGUUCCGGUGCGAGUGCGACGAGGGCUACAAGUUGGAUGGCUCUGGAGGAAAUUGCACGGAUAUUGAUGAGUGUGAAAGCCCUCAGGCUUGUCAGUAUGGUAAAUGCGUUAACACUCAGGGUAAAUAUCGCUGCGAAUGUCCGCCGAAUCAUGAACUUGUUGAAGCUGGCAAUGCUUGUGUUGACAGACGAGAAUCAUUCUGCUACACCGGUACAGAAAACCUAGGCGGGCGUCCCCAGUGUAUCUUCGACAUGUCAUCAUCAGUAACAAAAGCAACAUGUUGCUGCAGCAUCGGAAGCGCGUGGGGAACUCGUUGCGAGCAGUGCCCUGAAAUCGGUAGCAAAGAAUUCGAAGAACUCUGCCCAGGAGGUCUAGGCUACCGACCGAACAGCAUCACGGUAGUUCUAGAAGACAUAAACGAGUGCGAGGAGCACGAGAACAUUUGCCAGAACGGGCACUGCACCAACACCUUUGGGAGUUUCAUGUGUUCCUGCAACGAAGGAUACAUCCUCGACCCGACCAAGACCAGCUGCACAGACAUCGACGAGUGCGCUCUGCACCCGCAGAUCUGCGGAGUCGGCUACUGCAUAAACGACCAAGGAAAGUACCACUGCGAGUGUCCAGAAGGCUACAUGUCCAUGCCGGGGGGAAAAGAGUGCGUGGACAUGCGAAAAGAGCUCUGCUACAUGAACUACGAAGACAGACAGUGUUUCAACCCGAUGGUCCAUCCCCAGACCAAGAUGCUCUGCUGCUGCUCAAUGGGCGCCGCCUGGGGAUCUCCCUGCGAAAGAUGUCCAGGCGAGCGGACCCGCGAGCACGAGAUCCUCUGCGGAAUGGUCCCCGGGCAGAUAAUGAACCCGAUCACAAAUCACACCGAAGAAAUCGACGAGUGCGCGCUGAUGCCCACGAUGUGCACUCACGGGCGCUGUUUAAACACCCCCGGGAGCUUCGAGUGCCAGUGCGACAUCGGGUACAUCUACGACGAGGACUCUCACCAGUGCAUCGACGAGAAUGAAUGCCAGCAAACUCCAAAUCCUUGCGCAGGAAACGCGCAGUGCGUGAAUUUACAGGGCAGCUUUGAGUGUCGCUGCCCAGCGGGGUACAAAUUAGGGAUUUCCCAGCGGAGCUGCAUCGACAUCGACGAGUGCUACGAGCGCCCUGGAAUCUGUUCCAACGGAGUCUGCAAUAAUCUCCAAGGUUCCUUCCAGUGCGUGUGCCAUUUAGGCUACGCUCUGACCCGGGACCGGGAUUUCUGCGUGGACAUUGACGAGUGCCAAAGAAAUCCAAAUAUCUGCAACAACGGAACCUGCGUCAACACUCUAGGCUCUUAUAAAUGUCAAUGCUACGACGGGUACAAACUUUCUCCAAACAACGACUGCGCAGACAUUGACGAGUGCAGAGUAAUGCCUUUCCUCUGCAGGAACGGCCGCUGUAAAAAUUUAGUCGGUUCUUUUGUCUGCGAGUGCGCUGAUGGAUACACUUUAGCGCAAGAUGGCCAGCACUGCCGCGAUAUUGAUGAGUGCCAAGAAAUCCCUGGGCUCUGUCCUUCUCCCGGAAAGUGCCAGAAUUUAAUGGGCUCUUACAUCUGCAGCUGCCCUCCAGGGUACGAACUGGACACUUCGAAGAAGAGGUGCGUUGAUGUUGACGAGUGCGUUGAUACGAAGAACAUCUGCGAGAACGGAAAGUGCAUUAAUACUGACGGCGGAGUGAUCUGCGAGUGCCCGGAAGGGUUUAAGUUGAGCGACAAGUGGAACUCGAUGACCUGCGUUGAUGUUCGGGAGGAACAGUGCUACGAUCGCUUCCGCAGAGGACAAUGCUUGGCGCCAAGGAUAGGAGAGAUGACCAGGAAACAUUGCUGCUGCACGAUGGGCAAGGCUUGGGGGAGAAACUGCGAGACUUGUCCGAGGGAACACUCGGAGGAAUUCAAGCGGCUUUGUCCUGAAGGCUCGGGGAGAGACGACACGGGGGUGGAUUUAAAUGAGUGUCUUUUUAUGCCUGAUGCUUGCUCAGGCGGGGACUGUAUAAAUACUGACGGGUCUUUUAGGUGCGAGUGUCCUCCAGGGUACACUUUAGACGACACCGGGAGAAGAUGCGUGGAUUUAAAUGAAUGCUUGCACAACCAGAACGUCUGCGGGAACGGAAGCUGCGCGAAUGUUGAAGGAGGGUUCGAGUGUUCCUGCGCGAACGGAUUCGCGCCUGGAGUGAACCAAGUUUGUGAAGACAUCAACGAGUGCUUGGAACUCGGGAACCAGUGCGCAUUCCGCUGCCACAAUGCUCCGGGGUCUUUCAGGUGCAUUUGUCCGUACGGGUACAUCUUGGCUGCUGAUGGAAGACACUGCAUUGAUGUUGACGAGUGCUCGACUCCGGCGAAUAAUUGCAAGUUCCAGUGCAAGAACUUGAUCGGGUCUUUUAUGUGCAUCUGCCCGCCUGGAUAUCAGCAGAUUGGAAUGACUGAUGAGUGUAAAGAUGUUGAUGAAUGCUCGGUCAAUUCAGGGCUCUGUAGGAAUGGUCAGUGUAUUAAUUUGGAGGGAAGCUAUCAGUGCAGGUGCUAUGAGGGCUUUGAAACGAGUGGGGAUGGAAAGUCUUGUGUUGAUAGGAGGGUUGGCUACUGCUUCUUGAGGACUGUUAGUGGAAGGUGCUCUGCUAGGACCUCGGAGUUGAAGACCGUGACCAAGGCUGAUUGUUGCUGUACUAUGGGAGCUGCCUGGGGACCUCAUUGUGAAUUGUGUCCCUCAAGGGACUCGGAUAAUUAUAAUGAACUUUGUUUGGAUAAAGGGUUCUCGGUUGAUGGGCAGGAUAUUGAUGAGUGCACGGCUAUUCCUGAUUUGUGUCGGAAUGGAAUGUGUAUUAAUACUCUGGGGUCCUUUAGGUGUGUUUGUAAUAAGGGGUACAAGGCUGAUAAAGCUGGAACUCAUUGUUUAGAUGUUAAUGAAUGCGAACUGACGCCCAGCCCUUGUAAAUUUAAUUGUCAAAACACGGAAGGUAGUUUCAGUUGCUCGUGUCCAGUUGGAUUUAUUUUGAAUCCUGACGGCGUUGGCUGUCGCGAUCUUGAUGAAUGCGCUACUGGGAAUCAUCUUUGUCAGCAAAAGUGUAUCAAUACUGAAGGAAGCUAUACUUGCGCUUGUAGAGAUGGAUACACUCAGCAUGGUGAUGCUUGUCAUGAUAUUAAUGAGUGUGAUGAAGCUGGAACGUGUCCAAAACCAGGAACCUGUAUCAAUACUCUAGGGAGUUUCAAGUGUAUUUGCCCACGUGGCUUCAAAUUAGACCGCACUGGACGUUUCUGUACGGACAAUAAUGAAUGUGCUGAUGACAGUAAUUGUGAACAUGGCUGUCAAAACUUAAUGGGAGCAUUUAGAUGCAAUUGUCCAGAAGGAUUCAUCCAACAUUUAUAUUACAAUCAAUGUAUCGACGAAAAUGAGUGCAAUAAUUCACCUUGUGGAGAUAGUGUUUGUAUAAAUACUAUCGGAAGUUAUAAAUGUGGAUGUCCAGACCAUUAUCAGUUUGAUAAUGACUUACAGAUUUGUGUUCAAGUCAGUCCAGGAUGUUUUGGAAGCCCUUGUGCCUUCGGAUGCACAUCCAGUGGGUCCAGUAAUUUCUUAUGCGGUUGCCCGUCAGGUUAUCAGCGUAUUGGACAGGGUCACUGUCUUUCUACAAUAAAUCCAAUAGCCACUGGUAAUUAUGGAGAAGAAAUAGGAAAUGUACCAACAUUUGUUAUUGGUCCAGAUCCUUAUCAUAUACCUCCAGCUGGCGAUAAAAUUAUUUCUUCUGAAGGUUGCUUCUCUUGCAAGCUCAAUGGAAGAGAACGACAAAGAAGAGGAACAAAAUUACAAUCUAAUCAAACAAUUAAUGCUAAUUACUCAAAAUUUAGACACGCUAGAGGAUUAAAUAGAAGAACACCUUUAAUGAGACGCUCAGCAAGACACCAUCAUGGAGAAACAUAUACCAUGAAGAUGACAUUACGUCAGACAAAGCAUAAAAUGAGAAUUAUUAAAUUACAGCCAGCAAUUAAAAAUGAAAAAAUGGAAUAUUCGAUAGUAAAAGGCAACAAAAACAACCAAUUCGAGUUGGUCAAAGACCGCGGUGGCAUCUGGGGCCUGCAUUUCAAGAGUCGUCUCAAAAGGUCGGGAGAAUUCCGCGUGGUAAUUCACGGGGUGCCGGCCAACGGAAUCACUGCCGCUAACGAAGUAUGGGAAAAGCCUCUGACAUUUAGAGUACACAUUGUCGUCACGGAUUGA